GAGAAAGAGAAAGCUCCGUCGAUGUGCUAAAUGUUAAGUCACCGCGCUGUGCUCGAACAGAUCGCAACACUCGUUUAGUAUUCGGGAUUGCAUAAGAUGAUACCUGGAUCCGCCGCAUCAAUGCUACCGUCUGCAGAAGCUGCGAAAUUGUACCAGACCAAUUACGUCCGCAACUCGCGUGUCAUCGGACUUUUGUGGGCCAUCUUCACGAUCCUGUUCGGCAUCGUGAACGUGACCAUCUUCUCACAGCCCUAUUGGAUUGGGGAUGGGGUGGACACGCCGCAGGCCGGCUACUUCGGCCUCUUCCACUAUUGCGUUGGGGACGGACUCUCCAGAGAGCUGGCCUGUCAGGGUAGCUUCACGGAGUUCGCCGCGAUCCCCUCCAGUGCGUUCAAGGCCGCCUCCUUCUUCAUUGGGAUGUCUAUGAUGCUGGUGGUCACCUGCAUCGGCUGCUUCAGCCUCUUUUUCUUGCUCAGCACCUCCACCGUGUACAAGAUCUGUGGCUGGAUGCAAGCAGCAUCAGGUGUCUGUCUAGUGCUGGGCUGCAUGAUCUACCCGGAUGGCUGGGACAGCGAUGAGGUCCGGCGGAUGUGCGGAGAGCAGACGGAUAAAUACAGCCUGGGCGCCUGCUCGGUGCGCUGGGCUUACAUACUGGCCAUCAUGGGCAUCCUGGACGCGCUCAUCCUGUCUUUCCUGGCCUUCGUCCUGGGAAACCGUCAGGAUGGCCUCAUGACAGAGGAGCUGCUGGCUGAAAGCAAGGAAGGAGGGAAUGCCUAACCAAAUCUUCAGAUCCCUGAAUUUCCUUGUGUCAGUUUCCAUGAAAUAUUCCCAACAUCAACUCAAAGGAGGGAGGAGGCAGUCCAGGUCUGUGGGGGGAGAGGAAAACAACCAGCCAGCCUGCCUUUUACAUCCACCUGCCAAAAAAUCUACCUGCAUAACCCACAAAUUGGAGUCUUUCCAUCGCGCUCGCAGUCCCCAUGUCCCCCCCUCCCCCCACCAGCACUCCGAUAGGGCACUUCUGUCCUCAUGUGUCCACACAGCCGACCCCCGCACGUCAUUUCACAGACCAUGGCAGGGGCAGAGACUGUUAUCCGGGCGUGAAGUGAAUGGACGGCCCACUACCUACCUGAGAAGACACAGGGUUUUGCAUUUGCCGUGUGAGCACAGACAAAAAAAAAAAUGAAAACACGAAACGUAGACGUACACGUUGGCUCACACACCGACAUGAACCCAUCGCUUCACACAACACAUCUGUACAUUCAAAGAGAACGUAUACAAAUUCUGUAAUUAUAAGUAUUAAACUAUGUUAACACUUAGCUGUGUGUGUCACCGUCAGAAUGCGUAUCAUGUUUGAUUUGUGAGAAAAAGAAGUUGCUCAUUUAAUGUUGCGUUGAUGUAAAUCUAUUGUGUUUAUGUUC